UGCCCUUAGUUGCCAAAGUUGAACCAUAUCCUUCCUUGUCUCAUCGCAGAAAGCAUCCCCCCAUCACCAUUGCAGAACACUUUCAUCCUAAUUCCAAUCCCAAGCGAGAAAAAAUGGCUGAUGCUGCUGUUAGUGCUACUAUUCAGGUUGGGUUGCAGACGGUUGUUUCCCUUGCCGCUGAUCAUGUUAAUCUGGUUCGUGAAUUCCCAACGGAGCUGGAGAGACUCAACGAUUCUGCUGAAAUGAUCCGAGGCUUCUUGGCCGGUGCUGAUGAGGAAAUGCAUAGCCAUGAUCCGAAGCUUGUUGGGGUACAAAAGUGGCUCAAGCAGCUGGAAGAAGAGGUUUUCAAAGCUGACAAUGUGCUGGACGAGCUCAACUAUGAAAAUCUUCGUCGGAAGGUGAAGUAUCAAAAUCAACUCACGAAAAAGAAGGUAUUCUUCUGCUUUUCAUUCUUUAAUAAAAUUGGUUUUCGUUGGAGGUUGGGUUCAAUGAUCAGGGAGAUCAACACGAACCUUCAAAGGAUCCAUCGGGAUGCCGAAGGUUUGGGACUGGCCUACAAGCACCAAGUUGAAGUAGCAUUCGCUACUAUAGCAGCUGGAGCCACAACAAGCCGACAGACCGACUCUACUAUUGUUCGAAGAGAUGUCCUAGGAAGAGACGAGGAUGAAUCAGAAAUAGUUAAGAAGUUGUUGACCGAAACUGAAAGUGUUAUUUCAGUUAUUCCCAUAACUGGCAUGGGUGGUUUAGGCAAAACAACUCUAGCUAAAGCCAUUUACAAAAAUGAGCAAAUUGUUGGGCAUUUUGACCAAACAAUGUGGGUUUGUGUGGCUGAAAAAGUAGAUAGAAUUGAGGUGGUCUUCAAAAUGAUUCUAGAAUCGUUAAUAGGAGGAAAGGUUGAAGGGGAUCGUAGGGAGGUAAUAGUUCAAAAAAUUCAGCAUGAACUCAAGGAAAAAAGAUAUUUCCUUGUUCUUGAUGAUUUGUGGAAUGAUCAAGAAGUAUUGUUGGAUGACUUUUUCAGCACUUUGGCGGGACUCAAUGCUAAGAAAGGGAGCUGGUGUCUUGUUACCACUCGUCUGCAAGAAGUGGCAACUAUUCUGUCUAGACAUCCGCCGAUCAAUUUUACUCGCCAUGAGAUAGGAAGGCUAUGCAAUGAUGACUGCUGGUCUAUCAUGAAAAAAUGGGCAAAUGUGGCGGAAGAAGUACCAAAAGAAUUGGAAGACAUAAGGGAGCAAGUUUUAAGAAGAUGUGAUGGUCUACCUCUGGCAGCAAAGUUAAUCGGAGGUUUGUUAUCUAAAAAGAGAAAAGAGGAGUGGCUAUCUAUUUUGGAGGAGAGUCUCUUGAAUGGAGAUCAAGGUGGGAUUGAGCAAAUAAUUAAGGUGAGUUUCGAUCAUCUGUCACCUGCACCGGUUAAGAAAUGUUUUGCAUAUUGCUCAAUUUUUGAUCAAGAUACUAAAUUGGAACAAGAUCUACUAGUUGAGCAUUGGAUGGCUGAAGGCUUUCUUCAACCGGAUUCCCAAAAUGAAAGAACGAUGGAGAAAAUAGGAUAUGAGUAUCUGAGAACUUUGCUGCAAACUUCCUUAUUGGAAGAAGUUAAAGAGGAGUGGAGAACAUGGUAUAAAAUGCAUGAUCUUGUGCACGAUUUUGCAAAAUCAAUUUUGAAUCGUAACAGCAGCAAUCAGGACCGUUACCUUGCGGUAUACUCACCCGAAAGAAUCAAUGAAAAAUCAUCAGCAUCACUUCGCACAUUAUUUCUGGAGGGUGGCAUAGCUGAUGAUAUGUUAUCAAAGCUCAAAUACUUGCAUGUCCUAAAAUUGUUUGGAGCAGAUGUCAAAGAGUUGCCGACCUCCAUUGGCAAACUAAUACAUUUACACUUACUCGACAUUUCAGGUUCUUGGAUUACAACUUUGCCAGAAUCUCUUUGCAAACUUUAUAGUUUGCAAACACUAAGAAUUGACGCGCUUGAAAAAGGUUUUCCAAAGAAGAUGAGCAAUUUGAUUAGCUUGAGACAUCUUCACUAUUAUGAUACUGGACGCGAAAUCCAAAUGCCAUCCAGGAUUGGACGAUUGACUUGUCUUCAAACGCUAGAGUUCUUUAGCAUAGGUCGUCAAAAGAAAGGUCGUGGUAUCCAAGAGCUUGGAACCUUGGAAGAUCUUAAAGGCUCCUUGGAGAUCAGAAAUCUUGAAUUAGUAAAUGGCAAAGAUGAUGCUGAACUGGCGAACCUAUCUAAAAAGCCAAAUAUGUAUCGGCUGGUAUUUGAGUGGGGCAAUAGGGAUCGGGAAAGUAAUAAUUGUGAUGAAGAUGUUUUGGAAGGCCUCCAACCUCACCCAAAUUUAAAAGAGUUACAAAUUUUGAAGUUCAUGGGUGAUCAGUUUCCACAGUGGUUCAUGAAUUUGACAUUGACAUCACUGGCGGAGUUGCGUGUGGAGGAUUGCACAAGAUGCAGAGAACUCCCUGCACUAGGACAGCUGCCAUUCCUCAAGCGCCUCUAUUUGACUAGAUUGGAAAACACAACAUGCAUUGGGCUUUCAUUCUACAGUAGCACUAUUAGCAGACAAACAUUCUUUCCAGCCCUUAAAAUUCUCUCUCUUGAAAGCAUGAAAAAUUUGGAAGAGUGGAAGGACGCACACGAAAUGAGGUCAACCGCUGACGUGUUUCCCGUGCUUGAAAAGUUAUCUAUUAGUGACUGCCCCCAGCUGACCACCAUUCCAACUCCAAGUCGUUUCCCAAGUCUUGAUGUAUUGAACAUUAAAAAAAAUUGCCAUGUUUUGCUGGCAGAAAAGGUUUUGAGCAAUAUAGCCAAUCUCUCGUCCCUUGAAUUAAGGGGUCGUCAAAGCAUCAAGUCUCUAAAAUUAGUGAAACGACCAGAGAGCAGCUUGAGAAUUAAUGGCUGUGACAGUCUACCGACUGACAUGCUUGAGCGACUCUGUCUUUUUCCAACUCUUCAGCAUGUAAAAUUGAUGAUUGCCAAAAAUAUAACAACAUUUAGAGGAAUGAGUUGCGCCGCAUGUCUUAAGAGAUUGGAAGUCACUUUAUGUGAGAAUUUACGGGAGUUGCCAGAUGAUCUCUAUCAAUUUCAAGCUUUAGAGCACUUGAAGAUACGGGGUUGCCCGAGAAUUGAUUCAUUUGGAUAUCCAAAUCCUAAAAAUUCAUUUGGACAGAAAAGCCUCCUUAAGUCUCUUAAGCAAUUUACUGUCGAUGAUUGCGAUGCAUUAACAAGAUUACCAGUGGAGAUGUUCGAGUCCUGUACGUCUCUCCGAAAGCUGAAAUUGUUCGAUUGCCGCAGUCUGGUCUCCUUUCCCCUUGAUUUGCGACGAUUCCCUUCUCUCGAGUGCUUCUCAUUAUACGGGUGUUCCAACUUGAUUACUGAGAUGCCUAGUGGAUUUGGCUAUCUUACCAGCUUAAGGGAAGUGUACAUUGGUCCCUUCUCAGAUGACUCUGUAAUCGAAUUUGAUUGGGCUGGAUUAGCAUCUUCAUCAUCACUCCGACACGUGUCUUUAGGUGGGAUGUUUGACACGAAAUCUCUGCCACAUCAGCUUCAAGACUUGACUACCAUCACAUCACUAUCUCUAAAACACUUCGGAGCAAUCGAAGCCUUACCAGAUUGGCUUGGGAACCUCGUGUCUCUUGAAGACCUAAUCCUAUCAUGGUGCCCAAAGCUUGAAUAUUUACCCUCCACGGCUGCCAUGGAACGCCUCAAAUUAAGACGUCUGGAAAUUCGUGAUUGUCCUCUAUUAACCGAAAGAUGCACUCCUCAAAGCGGCUCCGAGUGGCCCAAGAUCUCUAAUAUUCCAGAGCUUAAAAUUGAUUAAAAGUCGUGUGUUCUUCUCUCCUUUUUUCCUUCUAUUUUGUCCUGUGUUUCUUUAACUGAUUUUGUUCCACCUUUUGUCUUGAUUUUUAGUUUUAAGUUAGUUACUAUUGCAAUGCCAUCUCCUAUAAAAAUAGGUGCAGGUGUUGAUUCUUUGUUGCUCUUUUUUGAAAAUAGGUGCAGGUUAUUGUCUGCAUUUACCUUGUGCAUGUUCUCUUUUCUUCUGCAUUUUCUCAUUUCAUCUUAAGUUUCCUCCUUUUUGCUGCUGCUUGCUUGCUUGCUGUUCUUGAUGGUGCGUGUGUUCUUCUCUCUUUUUUUCCUUCUAUUUUGUCCUGUGUUUCUUUAGCUGUGUUUGUGUUUAAUCUAUUUUGUUCCAUCUUUUGUCUUAGUUUUUAGUUUGUAGUUGGUUACUAUUCCAUUGCCAUUUCCUAUAAAAACAAGUGCAGGUGCUGAAUCUUUGUUGAUCUUGCCACAAGUGUCAGUGAAGCAGCAAGCAGUGAUAGUGCCGAAAACAUUGCGAAAGGCUCGAAAGUGUGCUUAAGGCAAAGUCAGCCUGGAACCUCUAAAGCAUCUUAUUGCACUUUUCACAUUCUCCAACUGCAACAUCUAAAGCAUCUAAGGCUGUGGUUUCCAAUCAUUUUUGAAGAAAGAUGAGGAGAAUUUGUUUAGGAAGCAGAGUACAUGUUUUUUUGGACAAAGAACACCAACGUUCCCAUGUUGUUCUUAUGAGAAUGUCAAGAGGGAGGAGUUAUUUUCGCUUAUCAGUCAGAUUUUGAAGAUGGAAGGUAGUUAUCUGUGAUUUUUCCCACCAGAAUGCCAUAUAUUGCUCAGAAUGUGGAAAUGAAGCAUGCUGAAAACAGAGUGGCUUGUGCCACGCUUGUAGAAAGUAGUAUGGAUUGAGAAGAGUUGGAGAAGAGCAUGGUAGCUGGUACUGGAGAGCUAUCAAGGUACAAGACUUGCUUGAAGAAAACUGGACGGGCUAAUACUUUAGUUUCAGAGGUGACAAGAUUUGAUGGAAAGAAGUUAGACAUUGUAGACAGCAUUGGUGAUCGUUUGGAUGACAUAAACGAAGCAUGCGAUUGCAGUGUCAGUCAUUCAUUUGGAUGGAAUCAGUUCAAAGUUUUGGUGCUGCAAUUGCGGCGGCAAAAAUUUCUACAUUCUCGUUCAAAGGUUCCCGCCAGAUCUUGCAAGGCCUUUGUAAAUUGGACUACAGGAAGAAUCACAAGGACAAUUUAUGCAAAUUCGAUUGACUUUUGCUACCAUUACUUCCUUCUGGGAAGCAGUGGUUUCAAGCAAAAGUGUAUGGAUGGUGAUGUGGUAGAGAAUUGUUCUCUUAAGGAGUGAAGAUCAAUCUUCUAGGAAGCAAUAUGUGACAGAGUAGAUGAAGAGGAAGCAGAUAUCAUCUUGUUGGAAAAAGAACAACAUGGUUCCCUGUCGUUUUUUGUGAGAAUGUCAAAAGGAAGAAAUUAAUGUCACUGAGCAGGAAGGUUUUGCAGAUGAAGAUGGUUACCAAUUACAGUUAUUUUGCUCAUUAAUUUGCACUAGCAUUGAAAGUAUUAUGUUCUGUAGUGCUCGGAAUGCAGAAAUGAAGCUAAUGAUUUGGCUAAACUUUUUGUUAGCCUGUUUCGACUUUUUUUCUUUAUCUAUCUUCUGGAAAUGUGAUUUGGUUCAGAAGAAGAGAAGAUUUGAUGAUGGAAGCUAGAUGUUGAAGAUAGCAGUAACAGUCAUUGGGAAAGCAAAAGCAAAGCAUGUAGUGGGAUGGCAGAAAUUCAAAGAUUAUGUGCUGCAAGAAUAUGUAUUCACAUGCAAGGGUUUCUAAGUCCUCAUUCAAAGGUCCCGAUGCACAUCCCAGAUCUGCUACUCUUAUGCACUCUGCCUCUGCUAGGUAAACUUGACAAAACUCCUGAAUGCUCCGAUUGAGUGCAUGGUUGACAUUCAUAAACACUAAUCUCUGAAGGGUAGAAACUCAUUUAGAGAUCAGUCACAGAAUUAUAUAUAGCAUAGCUUUCCUCUGAUAUGUGUCACUUACUUGAAAUGUUGAAUUUUUAGCAUAGCUUUCCUCAUCUUCCCCUCCAUUUGUGUGAAGAAUUUGUUCCAUUUCCAGUACCUUGCUGCUACUCUGCAAUUUGGAGUUAUGUUAAAGGUGAGGAGGGUAAGGGUAGCAGUAGUAACAAUCUAGCUAUUGCUAUACAUGUCAAGGACAAGGGUACUUUGAAGUUGGCAGGAAAUAAAAUGAGAAUUGAUCAGAAACAAUAUUCAUCAGUAGUUAAGGGAAUAUUGAAAGGCUUAAACUACAAUCAAACUCAAUGUGUAAAUAAGAUAUUAAGCUACAUUAGUACUAUGCUUGACCAGUGAAAUGAUUUUGAGCUGAACUACAUAUGAAAGUCACUAGAAAUA